AUUGUCGAUGGAAAUUUGACAGUGACAGCUGAUACAAGUUCAUUGACAUGAGUGACAAGACAAAACAAAAUGUCUUUCGUGUUUUCAUUUAGGAAUAUAUAAAAUAUUACAAUGAUUCCUAGCUUCCAAUAGCUAUAUGAGUAUUUCUGCAUUUCCAUACAGUACAGGUUUUUUGGUUAAUUGUUUUGAGGUUAUCCCGGCCGCCAUGGAUUCUUGUAUCGGAGUUGAACAAGAUUUGGACAAAGCAUUAACUAAAUUCAAUGGUUUACACGAACACGCAAACAAGUGCCUCGAGGAUGUUAUUAAACAGGUUGAAGAGCUGAAGAAAGAAAUAGCUAAUCAGCCUGCAAACUCACCACUAUCACAAGAGCAGUCCGCAGCCGUGAGUGAGCUGGUGGCCUCCAUCAAGCAAAAUGUUUCUAAUCUCUCUACAGAUCACAGAGAGCUGCACGCGACGGUAUCCCGGGUGGGCAAGUCCAUCGACCGUCACUUCAUCGCGGACUACGCGUCCGUGGCCCCCAAGGCCGAGAGUUUCUGCAAUGAUGCCAAUCGGCCUAUCAUGGAGCAGGCCAUAGCGCAACAUCUAUACCGACAGGGUCUUGAAGAGGCCGGCGACGCAUUCGUGGCCGCCUCCGGCUGCGGGCCAGUAGCCCGAGCGUGCACGUUCGCGCUGCUGCAACGCUGCGCUGCUGCCUUAGCUGAGGGCGACCCCUCUGCUGCAUUAGAGUGGGCGGAGCGCCAUGCGGCGGACUUACAGCAUAGCCCGUUGCCGUUUACUCUACAUCGUAUGCAAGCCUUAAAGCUGGGGCGCGAGCAGGGCGUGGGCGCGGCCAUAGAGUACGUGCGCCUGGUGUUCCCGGCGCACGCGGCGCGCCACGAGCGCGCGCUGCAGGCCGCCGUGUGCGCGCUGGCCUGGUGCGCGCCCGGCGCGCCGCCGCCGCCCGCCCACUACCGCCACCUGCUCGACCCCAAGGCGCUCGGCGCGGAGGCGGGCGAGCUGUUCGUGCGCGAGGCGUGCACGCUGCUGCGCCUGGCGCCGCUGUCCCCCCUCGCCGGCGCCGUGCUGGCGGGCGCGCGCGUGCUGCCCGCGCUGCACGACCUGCGCGCCAAGAUGACGCACCCGCACGUCGUGGCCGCCUGGGCCGACGAGGAGCUGCCUCUCGAGUUCAUAAACCUACAGGUGGAUCUCGGCGAGGACGGCGGCGGCUACCACUCGGUCUUCGCCUGCCCCAUACUUCGCCAGCAGGCUUCGGAACACAACCCUCCCAUGAGGCUGUUAUGCGGACAUGUCAUCUCCAGAGAUGCGCUGAAUAAGCUCGCCAUGGGCGUGAAGUUGAAAUGUCCAUAUUGCCCGAUGGAGCAGUCACCGUCGGAAGCCCGCCAGAUCUACUUCUCCUGAACGCGCGUUAUCUCCACAAUAGUUAUAAUAAUAAAAUAUGCAAACUACUCUUCAAGCACCACUGUCUGCCAGUUUUACCAACCUGACAAUUGGAUGGAAUUUAUUUCGAAUUGUCAAUGUCAAGUGACAAAUGUCAGCAUGGCGAAAUAGGGGCCUGGUCACUAUUCAUUAGAAGUAAAACCAAGUCCAUCAAGUGUCGUUGGUGCAACUGGCCCUAAAACUACCUGAUUUGACUUGUCAGUAAAAUAUAGAUAGUCGUUUUUGUAGGAUUCACGACGGACGCCCUAUACGAGCUAACCUUUGGCUGCCAUUUAUAUUUUAAAACGCGCUGUAGCUAUAUAUGGAAUCUAGGAAAAUAGUGAAAAAUGAGACUGGAAAUUAUGGAAAGAUUGGCAUACGAACGGAGAAAGUUAUAUAAAAAAAUAUAUGGCUUAAAUAUUUUUGUAAUAACAUUAAAAUUUGUAAUUUAGCAGCGUACAUGUUUGUACCAUUUUAAGAUUUUCAUAAAAGAAGCAAUGGAGUCUAGGCUCCAUUUGGCUAGAAAACUAAAUUUAUAUUUUGGCACUGUCGUCUAGGGAGCCUUACUCAUGAAAUUAUAUUAUUGGCCAAAUUACGCUUGAUAUAGUUCCCUUAUUAAUAACUCUAUUAAUUUUAUUUGACGCGAAAAACCGGAUAACUCGGCCAUCCCUCCAUACAAAGGCCAAAAAUUUUUCUUCUACUUUUUCCUUUUCAAAACACGAUACCGAAUAUGCCCUUAAACGGAUCCCCACUAUUUUUGUUACAUCCUGUAAAUCUAAAUGACAGCGCUAAUGGCCUAGCGGUAAGAGCGUGCGACUUUCAAUCCGGAGAUCGCGGGUUCAAACCCCGGCUCGUACCAAUGAGUUUUUCGGAACUUAUGUACGGAAUAUCAUUUGUUAUUUACCAGUUGCUUUUCGGUGAACGAAAACAUCGCGAAGAAACCGGACUAAUCCCAAUAAGGCCUAGUUUCACCUCUGGAUUGGAAGGUCAGAUGGCAGUCGCUUUCGUAAAAACUAGUGCCUACGUCAAUUCUUGGGAUUACUGGACCCCAGGCCCAUGAACCGUGGCAAAAUGUCGGGAUAACGCGAGGAAGAAGAAGUCUUUUAGACAGAUUAAUACAAACGGUUCUUGUACCGCGUUUAUGAAUAACGUCGUUAUUAGUCAAUGAAUAAAACAAGACCGAAACUUACGAAUUAUUACUGAAUAUAUAUUCUCAGAUUAAAUAGCCGAAAGAAUAAGUCAUGGCUGAAAGACAAAGUUUGAUGAUGACAUUCUGUUAACGUUGUUUUAAUGUAAAAUAACAAACAUAUAUAAUAGAGACUGUCUAUGAUAUCAUGAUAUGUGUAUUAUAUUUUAAUUCACCAGAGACCUUUUAACCGUUGACCGUAAGUCGAUUAUAUUUCAUCAUAAUCAUAACUUUCCGUGGGCGAUUUUUUAAUAAUUUAACUAUGAAUCGCGCCGAAACUUAAUAUGUAUAGAGAAGAUAAAGUAUGAAGCCAAUUAUAAUCAUUAAUAACUUGAGCCUAGUUUAACUGUAAGAUAUUAUACUAUGUGGUAGUUAUAGCUAUUUGUUUUUUAUAUGAAAGUGGUGGUAGCAAUCAAAGCGAACAGUUAAAAAAAGGUAUAUGCAAGUGUGCACUGUGUUUCAUUUAAGUCAAAAUAAGGCCGAGUUUUCACUUAGCGUAUAAACAAUUUAUGAUUUUUUAAACAGACAGAUUACAAGUUUGAUAUAAGGUGCAGGGGGUCAAUUUCGACCGCGGGAAAAUUUCAACUAAUCAAUAGAGCCACACACAACACAUCUUAUUCGCUAUCUGGACAUAUAUGGCACUCUAGUUAAUAAUGUAAAACAUGGAAGAUAACUCGAUAAGUUGAAAUUUUCCUGCAGUCGAAAUGGCCCCCCUGCACCUUACAGUAAGGUUGUGGAAUUAUAUCUAGACAUUUUAUUGUAAUGCAGCAAAUCUACGUAGAGAAGCGAAAAUAAAAUAAAGAUACCUACUCAAA